CAAAUUCAUUAGAUAAGCAAAUUUGAAAGAUGGAUAGGCAAGCACAAAAGAUUUUAGAAGUAACGGUUGUUUCAGCUGAGGAUUUACAUCGCAACGGUCGUUCGGUUAAAAAUGCACUUGUAGUCGUACAAACAGAUUAUUCCACCAAUCAUCGUUCAACGAGUAUCGAUACCGAAGGUGGUAGCUACCCUUCAUGGAAUGAGAAGAUAGUGUUGCCGUUAUACCAUAAUGUCCGAUUUAUCAGAGUAGAAGCUCAGUGUAAAACCAGUUCCGGUGCAAAAAUGAUAGGAGAAGCAAAGAUUCCAAUUUCUGAUUUCUUGGGAAGUUAUUUCCCUCCUUUUUAUUUGCAUUUCUUAAGUUAUAGGCUGAGGGAUCGUGAUGGCCAGCCUAACGGUAUUAUUAAUCUUUCAAUUCGAGUAAUCGAACCACCACAACAAUAUCCUGGAGGAAUUGCCGUAGGAUACCCAGUGUCAUAUGGGUCUAAGGUCUAACGAGGGUGUUUUGUGCAUUAUCUAUUUGGAUUCAAAUUCUUUUAUUUUUUUUACUAUUAUGUUUGAUGAAUUGUAAAGACAUGAAAACUUAAAGUCUGUGUAAAUGGGUUCAUUCAAAACC